UGCUCCCUCCCACGAAGUGGCUUCCUUGUGUGUUUGUGACGUCAGCUGUGGAGCCGGAUCGCGUAGCAGCUGCGCUCUCGUGGCUCCCGGAAGUGGGGGGCGGGUCGGUGCCGGGUCGUCAUGUUGUCGCAGGUGAGGGAUGGCGGCCGAGCUCCGGUUGCUUGAGUUGGGGCCGGGGGUCUUGCUCAGUCCCCCGAGGCUGUUAGGUCCGUGUGCCCGCCCACUGCCUGAGCUGUAGGAAGGGCAGGACAGUAAUGAUGACACUGAAGAUGUCUCACUGUUUGACGCAGAAGAGGAGACAACCAAUAGACCAAGAAAAUCCAAAAUCAGACACCCAGUGGCAUCCUUCUUCCAUCUGUUCUUCCGGGUCAGUGCGGUUGUGGUCUAUCUCCUCUGUGAGCUGCUCAGCAGCAGCUUCAUUGCCUGUAUGGUGACAAUUAUCUUGCUGCUGUCAUGCGACUUUUGGGCAGUGAAGAAUGUCACAGGUAGACUAAUGGUCGGCCUACGUUGGUGGAAUCAUAUUGAUGAGGAUGGGAAAAGCCACUGGGUGUUUGAGUCCAGAAAGUCAACCCCUCAAGACAACAAAACCAUUUCUGAGGCUGAGUCAAGGAUCUUCUGGUUAGGACUCAUCGCCUGUCCGGUCCUGUGGGUGAUCUUUGCCUUUAGUGCCCUCUUUUCCUUCAGAGUGAAGUGGCUGGCUGUGGUGAUCAUGGGUGUGGUGCUGCAAGGUGCCAACCUAUAUGGUUAUAUCCGGUGUAAAGUGGGCAACAAGAAGAACUUAACCAGUAUGGCUACGUCAUAUCUUGGAAAGCAGUUUCUAAGACAAAACAUUGGAGAUGGUCAGACUUCAUGAGUGAAGGUGAAGACUGUGUCAUAAAGGUGAAGACUGUCCUGGACUCUGGGAGCAACGGACAAGAUCCUCAGUGUCUAGAGCUCAGUCUCCUGCAGAGUAGGGUGUUGUGUUUGUUAAGGAAGGGAACCACAUGGGCCUGGGAAGUACGUGUUUUCUGAAGCAGUGUCAGGGUGUGCGCUGGGUGUGUGUCUGCAUAGACAAGUCCCAAAUCCGUGUGCCCUUCACAUGUGUGAGUGGACCUUUGCAUUUUGAUCCAUAGAAUGUAGGUCUCAAAUACCUGUGUUUGCAUAGCAUUCCUGUACAUUGUUUUUCAAGAUAAGUUUUGAUUCAGUGGUAAGGGUGAACAUGUUGGUUUAUGUACUAGAAAAGGUUAUUAAUUCUAAUGUGUUCUUUUUGGUAAAAUUCCUUAUCUUAGGCUUGUAAAGCAAGCAAAAGCUAAAUUUGGGCACUAAUGUUAACUGAUUUCUAAAAUUUUGUUUUUACUUGGUAAUAAGUCAUUCACUCAAGGUCCAUUUGACAUGAGUGGAUCUUUGUAGCUGCGGUGGAUGCACAGGGGCUGCUGUUACUGUGUUUGUUUUGUGGCCAUACAUCACUCUGGAACUGUCUGAAAUCUCUUAGUGGUCUUUGUGUUAAGUUAAUGAAAUAUUACCUUUUGAUAAGAAUAUUAUUCUUAUGUAAUAAUGAGAGUAAUUAAUUGCUUUAGUACUUGGCAUAAUAAAUGCCUUUAAAACAUUGUAUGGAUUUAUUUUUUUCUUGUUAUAAUGGGGAUAUUGUAAAAUUACAUAUUUGUAUUAUUUCCUAAGACAAGGCAAUAUAACUAUAGACUAAACCAAAUGUAAACUAUUGUAGGCAGCUGAAUUCUUUUGUUGCUACUGUAAAUUUUGUUGGAAUCUUUAGAUUAUGUUGUGCCCAUUUGCCCAUUGUUGGCACAUUUUAAAUGUCUUGUUUAUUGAAUAAGGGUCUUUACUAGAGUGUAGCUUGGCAGGUGUAUAACUUUAUAUUUAUAUAAAACUGUGAUUUGCAAAG